AUGGCCGUGUCAAAGAAGAAGCAACAAUCCUACAUUUCAGUGGCGUCGGAUAUGGUCAACGCUCCACUCCAAGCCCUGGUGCUUCUCUCCCCCAAGAAGAGGCAGAGCCCCUCCUCCUCAUUUGCUACAAAGCUGAGAUUUUUGCUGAGAAAUCCCAGGUUUUGGGUUUUGUUUCUGCUCCUAUUUGGUCUCUUUGGAACUCUAAAGCUGUGGUUCAAUUUCGACACCUUGUUGCCUUUCUCCCCAUACCCGUGUUUGGGUCUCCAAGAAAAGGCCGAUUUUUCCAAUGGGUAUAUGGGUUCUGCGCUGGGGAGUGGUGGGGAUGGGGAAGAGGUGAACGAGAAGAGCGAGUUUUGGAAGCAGCCAGAUGGGCUGGGGUAUAGGGCGUGUUUGGAUUUCAGUGAGCAGUAUAGGAAAGAUAGUGGGAAUAUUGUGAAAGAGAGGAGCAAGUAUCUGAUGGUGGUGGUUUCUGGUGGAAUGAAUCAACAGAGGAAUCAGAUUGUGGAUGCUGUGGUGAUUGCAAGGAUUCUUGGUGCUACUCUGGUUGUUCCCAUCUUGCAAGUUAAUGUCAUUUGGGGUGAUGAAAGUGAAUUUUCGGAUAUAUUUGACUUGGAUCACUUCAAGAAAGCUCUGGAGAAUGAUGUGAGAGUCAUUUCUUCGCUUCCAUCAACACAUGUAAUGACCAGACCAGUGGAAGAGAAACGGACUCCACUCCAUGCUUCCCCUGAAUGGAUUCGCUCACAUUAUUCCAAACGGCUUAGGAGGGAGGGUGUGCUUCUACUGCGCGGUCUGGAUUCGAGGCUCUCCAAGGACCUUCCUUCUGAUCUUCAAAAGCUUCGAUGCAAGGUGGCUUUCCAUGCCUUGAGAUUUGCCCCGUCUAUCUUAGAAUUGGGCAACAAGCUUACGGAGAGGAUGAGGAGCAAGGGGCCGUAUCUUGCCCUCCAUCUGCGGAUGGAGAAGGAUGUGUGGGUAAGGACGGGGUGCCUUCCGGGUUUAAGUCGGGAGUAUGAUGAGAUGAUAAACAAAGAGAGGAAGCUGAGACCCGAGCUGUUAACAUCGCGAUCAAACAUGACCUACCAUGAAAGAAAGCUAGCUGGUUUCUGCCCCUUAAAUGCAUUGGAGGUCACUCGGUUGCUUAAAGCUUUGGGAGCUCCCAAGAGUGCUAGGAUCUAUUGGGCGGGAGGGAUUCCAUUGGGCGGGAAAGAAGCUCUGCAGCCAUUGAUCAAAGAAUUCCCGCAUUUCUACAACAAGGAAGACCUCGCCUUGCCAGGGGAGCUCGAGGCGUUUGCAAAGAAAGCGUCCAUUAUGGCUGCUAUCGACUAUAUCGUUUCUGAGAACAGCGAUGUCUUCAUGCCAUCGCACGGUGGGAACAUGGGCCACGCUCUUCAGGGACACAGGGCAUAUGCAGGCCAUAAAAAGACUAUAACUCCGAACAAAAGACAGAUGAUCCCGCACUUCAUGAACGCAUCGCUCUCUGAAUCGGACUUCAACAGGAUCAUAUCGUACUUGCAUCGAGAUUCCUUGGGUCAGCCAGAGCUCAGGAAACCGGGAAGGGAUAUCACCAAGUAUCCUGUACCCGAUUGUAUGUGCAACAGCAACACAGGUCAUUCUUCUGUCUAG